AUGGCCCGGUGCCAUGCCCUCCGCCUCGCCCGCCGCUCUCUUACCUCCCUUCUGCACCACAAUUCUUAUUCAAUUGGAGUAAGACUUUACCCUCUCUCUCUUAAUAGUUUGAGGAUCGCAUAUAUCAUUGUCACUGAUUCACGUAAUGUGUUAAAGCCUGGCUUUUGGGAUAUUUUAGGCGCCAAACGGUCAAUUCAUGCCACUGCACAAUUGUCAAGAGAUUUCUAUGAUGUCCUUGGUGUUAAUAGAAAUGCCACAGCAUCUGAAAUCAAGAAAGCUUAUUACGGGCUUGCAAAGCAGUUACAUCCUGAUACUAAUAAAGAUGACCAGGAAGCUGAAAAGAAAUUUCAAGAUGUACAGAAAGCAUACGAGGUAUUAAAGGGUGAAGAAAAGCGCCAACAGUAUGAUCAGGUUGGGCAUGAAGCUUUUGAACGUGCUGGUACUGGUGAAGGUGGGUUUGAUCCAUUUGGAGGUGGCGGUGGCUUUAAUCCUUUCCAGGACAUAUUCAGAAAUGCAGAUAUUUUCAACAUAUUCAAUAGGGACAUGGGUGGAGAAGAUAUUAAGUGUAGCCUGACAAAUUUCAAUAUUGCUGUUGAACUAUCCUUUAUGGAAGCUGUCCAAGGAUGCACCAAAACACUGUCAGUCAUGACUGAUUUAACUUGUGAAACUUGUGGUGGAGCUGGUGUUCCUCCUGGAACAAAGCCUGAAACUUGUAAACGCUGUAGAGGUUCUGGCAUGGUUAUCUCACAAAAUGGUCCUUUCACACUUCAAGCUACAUGUCCAAAUUGUAAGGGAGCUGGAAAAAUUGUUUCGAACUUCUGCAAGUCCUGUCGGGGUAAGCGGGUGGUAAAAGGGCCGAAGACUGUGAAGGUGAAUAUCAUGGCAGGAGUGGACAACAAUGACACCAUUAAAAUCCCCAGAAGUGGUGGAUCGGAUCCUGAUGGAAAUCAACCAGGCGAUCUUUUUGUUAUGAUUAAGGUCAAAGAAGACCCAGUGUUCCGAAGAGAAGGGGCUGAUAUCCAUGUUGAUACAAUUUUGAGCAUCACUCAGGCAAUUUUGGGAGGAACGAUCCAGGUUCCUACACUCUCUGGGGAUGUUGUUGUUAAGGUUCGCCCUGGCACUCAACCUGGGCCGAGGAAAAAGGGGAUUAAAGUCCGAAAUUCGUUUUCAUUUGGUGAUCAAUAUGUGCACUUUAACGUUAGCAUUCCGACAAACCUGACACAGAGGCAGCGCCAAUUGAUCAAAGAAUUUGCUAAAGAAGAAGAAAGAGAAGACGAUGCUGCAGGAGCAUCGGGCUGAUACCCAAUAUCACCGUAUCUAUUAUAGUCCAAUAAAGGUGAGUUUCUAUAGUAGAUUUAGAUCUCUUAGCCAUACUGUACAUAAACAUAUUCAUGUUCAUUUUCAAAUUCAAAAUAUUUUACAAGUUA